AUGGAGCUGCAAGUUAGCGCCGUCUGGUUCUCCAUAGCACUUUUUCUAAUCACUGCAGUUCUUACAAAGAUUGCAAGUAGGAGAACUACCAAUGAUCAUCUGUGUACACUCCCACCUCCGCCUGAGGUGACUGUUCUGGGAAUUUUACCUAGUCUGCUUACAAAGGGCCCUGAAGCUACAAUGCAUUAUCUGUAUAACAAGCUUGGCAGUGCAUUCACGGUCAGUUUUCUCUGGAAAAGGACAACCUUCUUGGUUGGGCAGGAGGCAUCAACUGUUUUCUUCCAAGGCUCGGAGUCAGAAGUUACACAAGGAAAUACAAAUGAGUUCACCGUGCCCAUGUUUGGAAGCGAGAUGGGCUUCGCGGUAGAUUACGCUACUCGAAUGGAGCAGACUCGCUUCUUUGUUGAGUCUCUAAGGCCCGCACAACUCAGAAGCUAUGUUGAUCCCAUGCUUGAAGAAGUUGAGAGCUUCUUUGCCAAAUGGAAAGAAGAAGGGGUUGUUGACCUCAAGUAUGAGUUUGAGGAGCUACUGAUGCUGAUCUCAAGCCGAUGCCUUGUUGGAAAAGAGGUCCGUGAGAAGAUGUUCGGCCAGUUCUGCACAUUGUAUCAUCAAAUAGAGGAAGGGGUGAACUUUGUCAGCUUCAUGUUCCCAUACAUGCCAACUCCAGUGAACCGCCGGCGUGACAGAGCACAGAUGAAGCUUACAGGUAUUCUGGCUGACGUUGUGAGGUCACGUAAGAGCUUCAACCGUGUGGAGGAAGAUGUCCUCCAGCGUUUUAUUGAUUCAACAUAUAAAGAUGGCCAUGGCACAAAUGAACGAGAGGUCAGCCAGAUGAUACUCGGCUUGAUUUUUGCUGGAAAACACACAAGUGCAAUGACUACGACAUGGACUGCAGCUUGCCUUUUGAGCCAUGCAAAGUCUUUUAAUGCAGCUUUAGAGGAGCAAAAGGAAAUAAUCAGUAAACACAGUGAGAAGAUAGACUACAGUGUCAUAUCAGAGAUGGGCAUCCUGCAUAGCUGCAUCAAGGAGGCGGCACGGUUGCACCCUGCGCUCCCAACGUUGGUCCGCCAGGUAAAGAAGGACAUCACCGUGCGUACAAAAGAGGGCAUGGAAUAUGGUGUUUCGAGAGGUCACACCUUAGUAAACCUUGUUAUGGUGAAUGGUAAGUUGCCACACAUUUACAAGGAUCCUGAAGUGUAUGAUCCAAAUCGGUUUCGUCCCGGAAGGGAGGAGGACAAAGUUGGUGGGAAAUUCUCCUACACAUCUUUCGGUGGUGGAAGGCAUGCGUGUGGUGGAGAGGCUUAUGCAUACAUGCAAAUCAAAAUUAUAUUCAGCUAUUUGCUGAGGAAUUUUGAAAUGGAGCUGAUUUCUCCAUUUCCCAAGCCAGAUUGGACCAAGUUUCUGCCAGAGCCUAAAGGGAAAGUCAUGGUAAGCUACAAGAGACGUCGUCUGCCAACCAACUAA